CUUGAUCUUUUCUGACCAUGCAGGCUUCCGUAGAUUCGCUGCUAACACUCCAGCGUCCAUGUGCUAACGCCAGUUAACAGGAACAUUUAUUGUUUUGCAGCAAACGGCUACUAGAGGGACCGUAAAGGCUGAGUUAAGUGGGAAAAAUAGUUUAUUGGGGUAGAAAAGUAUUCGAUAAACACGUAACUGACGCUUGUUUUGUCAUGCUAGCAACAAGCUAGGUUGAGGCUUGCUCGUAUGUAGCACAGGGUCUCUGGAAACUUGUUUCUCAUGUUUAUGAAGUGUAGGACUGCGAUAAGGUUUUUGUCCAACUUUUAUUUAGAAAAAACUGCUAGUCAUUAGAGGCUUGUUUCUGCAUGCUGGGGCGACCUUUCCUGCUUUUCUCUUGCCGCUUGUAUUCUCCUUGCACUCGAUCCGUAAGGUUGGAUCUUUGGAGUUUUGGUUGUGCUGUCGCUACCAGCAGGAGGCUCAGUUCCAUGGAAGACGAGGUUACAACCGCCAACCCUCCACCAACAUCUGCUGCAUGUUCAGCUGCAGAUACGAGUUCAGACGCCGCAGGAACUCAGGAGAAGACCACCGCUGUGGAGCUGUUAUCUGGAGAGACAGUGGUCAGGGAAGGGAAGGCGGCCAUCUUGUUUCCUAGUGCCAAUGAGGUGUUUUACAACCCAGUCCAGGAGUUUAACAGGGAUUUAACAUGUGCUGUGAUCACAGAGUUUGCAAGAGAUUUGCUGACUCAGCGUGGAGUGAAGGUGGUGGUACCUGGAGAUAAGGAGCGGGUGGUUGUUUCCCUGUCAGACGACAACAACGAGGUUGACGUCCAGCCUGAGCAGGACAACGGUGCGGCGGAGCCUCUGUGUUCUGUAACAGCGGGGGAGAAGUGCGAGCAAGGUCUUCGUGUCUUGGAGGGCCUGGCAGCGUCUGGUUUGCGGUCGGUGCGUUUCGCCCUGGAGGUGCCUGGCCUGCACAGCAUCACUGCAAAUGACUUCUCCUCCAAGGCGGCAGCCCUCAUCGCCCGGAAUGCCCAGUACAACGGAGUUGGUCACCUGCUGCAGGCUAGCUGUAGGGACGCCAGCAUGCUGAUGUAUGAGAUGCGUAAAAAAAAGGACCGGUACGACGUGAUCGACCUGGAUCCCUAUGGCAGCCCAGUCACCUUUCUGGAUGCUGCUGUGCAGUCUGUGAGUGAAGGAGGUCUGCUGUGUAUAACGUGCACAGACAUGGCUGUGAUGGCAGGAAACAGUGGAGAGACCUGCUACAGCAAAUAUGGUUCCAUUUCCAUCAAAGCCAAAUACUGUCAUGAAAUGGCUCUUCGUAUAAUCCUCCACAGUUUGGAUCAGAGAGCAGCUGUGUACCAGCGGUACAUCCAACCUCUCCUGUCUGUCAGUGUGGAUUUUUAUAUUCGGGUCUUUGUUCGCGUCUUUACCGGCCAGGCUACCGUCAAAAACUCAGCCAGUAAACAGGCUCUGCUGUACAACUGCAUUGGCUGCGGGUCUUUCCAUUUGCAGAGAAUGGGCCGGAAAACAAUCAACGGAAAGAAUGUGAAGUAUUCCGCUGCCACAGGGCCGCCUGUGGGCCCCGAGUGUCAGCACUGCGGACACAGACAUCAGCUGGGGGGACCCAUCUGGGCCGAGCCCAUCCACGACUUGAGGUUUGUCCAAAAGGUGUUGUCUGCUGUGUCGGGGAACCCCUCCAGAUUUGGGACGUCGAAGCGUAUCGAGGGCGUGCUCAGCAUGGUGACGGAGGAGUUGGAGGAUGUGCCUCUUUACUACACUAUUGACAACCUGAGCAGCACCCUGCACUGCAAUACUCCACCUCUGCUCCAGUUUAGGUCUGCUCUGCUUCAUGCUGGUCACAGGGUUUCUAUGUCUCACGCCUGUAAAAAUGCCAUCAAGACAGACGCUCCUCCCGCUGCUAUCUGGGACAUCAUGCGAUGUUGGGAGAAGACAAACCCUGUGAAGAGGGAGAAGCUGUCUCCCACCAGCCCCGCAUUCAAGAUUUUGUCCUGUGAGCCCAGCUUUGAGGCCUGUUUCAGGGUAAGAGAAGAUGCCAACCCUCAGUCCCGUAAACGCCAUUUGACCCGGUUCCAGGAGAACCCUCAGGCCUUCUGGGGACCCAAAGCUCGAGCCAAAGCCGGGGGUGGCAUCAGUAUGGACCUACAGGACAAAAGGAAAAAAUGCCAGAACAAGAGAAAGGGACAAAUAACAGACUCUUCUCAGCUCAAGAACUUUCCCUGCAAAAAGUUCAAAAAGGGAACGUGUGAUCAUGGAGACCAGUGCUGCUACGCACAUGAAGAAAUGGAGACGAGUGAAGACAAAACUGAAUGAUACUUCCUUUGUUUAUAAAUCCUUUUGCUUUCCUUAGUUUGAAUGUCCAGAAUCUGCUACUCCACAUAUUUGCUUUGAAGGCAGAGCAGUUUUCUUUGUUUGGAUUUCAUUUUUAAAGUCAACCAAGACUUCAUAUUUUUGUUGGAAACAGCAGGUCUGGAGUUGUGGCUGUGGUCAUGUGACUCUUAAACUGCAUUGAUGACGCCAAAUCAUAAAGCUUUUUCCCUAUUUAAAAACAUAGUAUGGGUGUGUUAUUCUUUUGUUUACUAUAGAAACAAGUCAACUAUUGUAUUCCUGCAUUUGAUUUACAAAUCAUUGAAUGGAGGAAAAAAAAAUUCUUUGCUGCUUUCAAAUCCGACAAUUUUUAUUGAUAAAGAAAACAUAAUACAAAAAUUAGAUCACGUUGGCACAGAUCAAACA